AUGCUUGCAGAUAUAUUGAGUAGCACGAUCAUAAAAAAGCCUAAAUUUUCUAGUUUGGAGAAAAAUCACUUGCCCUCUGAGAUUAACCAUGAAUUAAAGAAAAUUUCUGAUUCAGUAGAAGAGGAAGUGGAGAUCCAGAAAGGUCAGGAAAUGGAUGCUAGCACAGAUGAUGUAUUCUUUUCCAAGAUGCUUCAUGAAGACUUGAGUGAUUCAGGAGUGAUUUCUGCCUUUGAAAGCUUUAUUGGCCAACUGAAGAAAUUGUUCUGGUCCCGCUACAAAAGGAUUGAGAUCAACACACAGGAUGCCCUGAGAUCUUCAGAGAAGAACUUGUCUGCCCUUCUGAACCAGAUACACAGGUGCAGGCUGAAUAAAUUUGAGACCUUCCAGAAGAUUGUUGUUGAAGAGCUUGCCAGCCUUGAGAAGGAAACUCAAAUUCUAGCAGCUAUGGAGAAGGAUGCACUGGAUUUCUGGAAUGCACAGCUGAUCAAACUGAAUACUUUCUGUACCCAGCAAAAGCAAAGAAUUGAAUCUGUUGACUCAGCCCUGGGUGAAACAGCCAAGAGUUUUGCCAACUCUGUCCAGAAUACAACGUAUGAACAUCCAACGAAGAAGGAAGAAGAAAACGUGUUCAUUGUUCCUUCUGACUAGAAAACCCCUGAAUUCAUUAUUCCUCAUGACAUUUGAACACUUUGUGUGCAGCAUAGAGAAGAUGGUUCUGUGAAGGAUGUUAGUCUAUUUCAAAUGAAAAGAAAAAAGAGGAGGAAAAAGCAUUAUGUUGAGCCCUUGUUUUGCCUAAAAAGGAU